AAUCACAUAAAAACAUCAACAAAAACAAAAACUAUUUUGUGGUUAUAAACCAAAACAACAACAACAACAAAAAAAUAGCCAUUACAAUAUCUUUUCUCUCUUUCUCGACUUUCAUUAUAUUACACGUGAGGUGAGUUGAGACUGAGUUGCUAAUUUAAAGUAUUUAUUACAUGGCUAUCACCGGAGCUCCGACGAGAUUUCCGACGGUUCGUCGUAUAUUAGCGUAUGAAAAUUCCGCCGGAGAAGGAAAUUUGGUGUUUUCCGAUGAGUUGGCGGUGAGUUCGUCGGAUUCUGUGUUUGGGUUUCUUGAAGGGUCUGUUGAGAGUACAACUAGUAAUGAAGAUGAUGCUAUUUUUUAUGAUGAUGAUGAUGAAGGAGAAUAUUCUUUUGAAGAAAAUAAGAAUUUUUGGGAUAAUCAACAUAACCUUUUACAGGCAACAUUGUGCCGUACCACAUCUCUGGAAACAGGAAUUAGAAAUGUGACAAAAGAAGCACUAAAAGAAUUACAAGAUCAAGGGAAUCAUUGUGAAUGUGGCAAAGUGGUGGCUGGAAAUAAUUGCCGGAGUUGUAUGAUGAGAAAAGUUUGUUCUAGGCUUCGGAAUGCCGGCUACAAUAGCGCGAUUUGCCAGACUAAGUGGAGAAGCUCACCGGAAAUUCCUUCAGGCGAGCACAAGUUCAUUGAUGUAAUCGAUAAUUCAAGCUCAAAGAAGGGAGAAACAAGGGUGAUAAUCGAAUUAAGUUUCAGAGCGGACUUUGAGAUGGCGAGAGCAAGCGAAGAUUACAACCAAUUAAUCAGUCGAUUGCCCGAGUUCUUUGUUGGGAAAGCAGAAAGAUUAAAGGCAUUAAUCAAGAUAUUGAGUGUGGCAACCAAGAAGUGUAUGAAAGACAAGAAAAUGCAUAUGGGGCCAUGGAGAAAACAAAAAUACAUGCAAGCAAAGUGGUUUAGCACUACUUAUGAAAGGGUAGCAGAGGCUAAUGCACCUGUAAGUCGAACUUACUCGAAUCAAAUUAGCAAACCUGCAAGAGCUUCUAUGCUAACAAGGGCAUUGAUGGAUAUGCCUAGGAAAGCAGUUGCAGUUCUGUAAUAUUCGUUCAAUUUGGUGGUUUUCUGCAUUUUAUGUUGCAUUUUGUUAAAUGAGAGAGUGUAUAGGAAUUGCGGGAUUAGUAGGUAGAUGUGUAUUAUAGUGGUUUUGGUUUUAGAUGCCAGCAAUGGCUUAGUUACUGUGUGCAAUCUUCCUGUUCUUUGGAGAUGUUGGGGUUGUCUUUGCUUGUUAUAUGUGGUGUUUGAUAAGUAAAUUGUAAUACAGUAAAGUUUAGAAAUUUUGUGUUCUGGUAAGUGAGGUUAUUUAGAACCGGUUUUGGAAAUAAGCACUUUGUGAGAACUUUUUAUUCA